AUGGCUCAUUAUCAGAAUGGCCAAACGCCCUAUUACGGCCAGUCCAACAACCCUACCCCCUCGUCGACGCAACCUCCCUCGUCGAGUCGCUAUGACCACUACAAUACACAACAACAGAGCGCAAAUUCUCAAUUACGGCGGAUGCCCAGCUAUAACGUGGGGGAUGACGCGGGCCUGUCCGGUGGAGGUUCCGGUGCUCAACACACCCGAACCGCCAACGGGUCCACGCGAUAUACCGGGCAAGCCAGUAAUUAUGGCACCGAGGACGGACAAGGGUCCUAUAGCCUUGCGAACAGCGGACACGACGAUAUCUCAGGACCGCGAUACGCGCAUAUCCCCUCCGGCGGGUCGCCGCACGUAACGCGAGACAGAGCUUCAUCUCAGUCCAACUAUUCCUACCAGUACUCGUCUAUCGCCUCUCCGACGCAGUCGGCCUAUAAUCCUCAGCAAUAUGCCCUCCCACCUACUCCGUUGCAACAGCAGCUAGGCUACAAUCCCCUAGCAUAUAACAGCUCCAGCAGCAAUGCUUACACCGCUGGUGCGACCGCUGCCCACCAGCCGUACAAUCCAGCGGCGUAUCAGUCGGCAAGCCUCGCUGGAUACGGGUCCCCAACUGUCCAACGACAGCCGAGUAUAGCGAGUUUGUACGCACAGCCUCCGCAAACAUCGCAGACAUAUUCCUCUCAGCAAUCCCUGCCACCUCCCCCUCCUCCUCGAGGGCCAGAUCAUCCUUACGGAAGUCGCGCAUCCGCCCCGUAUCGAACUGACUCGCCAGCAACCCAGUAUGGCUUUUCCAGUCAGUCAUCUGCAUCUCUAGCCUACAAUGUCGCCCCACCGAUGGGCCCUACCACACCUUAUCCUUCCACAAGCUCAUUGACCUCAACAACGAUUGCAUCAACCUUCACUCGCUCCCACGCCCACAGCUCACAGUUUCCCCUCUAUACUGCGCAAUCGCCCCACCACUCGGAUGCAGCCAUGGCGCCUUAUCCUGACGAGCUCCCUCCAGAACCACCUGCGCACUCGACACCCGCGGAAGACUUAUACGGUAAACGACUGAGCUUCAGCCGUCCAGGGUCGGGGCGGUCGCUGCCUACGCCUCCAAUUCAACAGGCGCAAUCGCAGACGUCUCCGCGCCGGACAGAUACCUUGACUCGGCAUCCCCAGUCGCGGCCCUUGCCCGGUCCACCAGUCGACGCGGACAGCGAUUCACCGCCGCUCGAUGAUCUCAAUGGGGUCGGUGGCCGAGAUCCGCGGUCGGACCAACCGGUAGGUUAUGACCAUCUGAUGAGGGAAGUGGAAACGGCUGUGAUAGAUGGUCGUAUGAGUCGGGAGACACGCUAUGACACUAGGCCACUGCGUGUUGACGCUCAGACCUCACGUCACGAAGAAUAUGACCCUAGUCCUCCCGUCACUGCCACCUCGAGUAUGCGCUUGUCUCCUGACGAGAGGCACACGCACACAAACGGCACAUUAGCGACGGGCACAGGCCAGUAUGUUAACUAUGAUGCGUACAGCGACGACAGUGAUGCGGAAGCCGCGGCCGGGCUGGCGAUGCUGCAAAUGGCAGACGAGGAGGACAGGAUACAGGCCGAGCGGGAGCAAGCGCGCACACGGCGGGAGACUAAUGCAUCGAUCAUCAGUGCCUAUGGAAGCCAUUCAUCGGCGCGAGCGCCAUCACCUCGUCGAGAGUCUCGUCAAGAUGAACUCCAUUCCACGACCAAUGCGACCUACAGCGGCAAUCAUUAUGAGCGCUAUCACUACGAUGCUGACAUGGAUGAACAUGCUGACGAGACUCGCAAUGAAGGCGUAGAUCAAGCCACAAGGCUUGCCCCCUCGGGCUCGAUCCGCAGCUCCAACGUUUCUGCGGACGACCGCGGCGAGUACUCGGACGACUAUGACUACUAUCCUAUACCCGAUGAUCAAGUGCACCAAUAUUAUGACUACAUUUCCGCGGCGCGGGUCGAUGCUGCAGGCACUGGUGGCCUGUCAGAGCCUGGCGCCUACGAGCGUCGAAUGAGCUUCGACUACGGUGACGAGGCUGACGCCUAUCCCGAUGAUGUGCAUCACUCAGGAAGUGAAGGAUCCGAUACAGGAGGAAUGCCAGGGGACCUCUUUUUCCAUCCCGGGAUGCGGCCACUGCCACCGGCCCCCGUUGAACCAGCGAAUAACGCAGAUCUUAUGCCCCACCUGAUGCCGGCUGGGACAUAUAGGCCUCAGGAAUCGGGUGAAUACCCGGAAGAAACCCAGUAUACAAGCCCUCAGUACCCUGUUUCUGCGGAUUCGUUUGCGUCGACCGUGUCCACACCAACAUCCCAAGUGCCACGGUCGACAUCUCUGUCAAGUCAUCCUAUUGGACCCCGGACUGACCCCCCUAUCAGGUCCAAGACCGAUGCGGAUCGGGCGAAGUACAAGCAGCAGCUGGAUCUGCUUCGACAGCAACAGCAUGGCGCCUUCAAACUUGAUGCGGCCCAAGAGGCUCCUGCGAUACCCCUGGACCUACCCACCAUCCCUGCGGGACGUCGCAAGAAGUUCAAUCCGUCUAAACUGUCCUCGGAACAAUUCAGGAAAUGUGUCGAACCUUGGGCGCUCAGUGCCGUUCUUGCUUGGAUUCGCGAUCUGUGCGAAGAGGAAACGGACCUGAGGAAAUCGGCCAUUGUCGACGCGAUCGUCGCUUUGUUCACUCACAAGGUGCCGACGAUGAAUAUCGCGGACGCCGAGACACUGGCUGCGCGAGUCGUUGAGAACAUGCUGGAGCAGGAGGCUCUGGUGAAGGAAGAAGAAUGGGUCAAGUUCGGCAGCGGCACCUUGUCGGGUGUUUUGUUCCAAAUUACAGGUACUGGUUGCUAUUCGCCCCUGCUACAUGAACAGGAGACUGAGAUCCUCGGACGCUGCUAUUCGCACCACUGCAUGCGAACGCUGAAGAAGGUCAACCUGAAAGCGCACAAGAUGGCACCGCAAAAGAAGGUCGAGGACUGGGUCACAUUCUACAAGGUUCCGAAGGAAGUGUGGGAGGCUUAUCCGAAGAAAGAGGUGGACCGCCAGAACAACCUGCACGAGAUUGUCACGACCGAGGAUGCAUUUAUCGGACAGCUGGACGUCCUACGUGAACUCUACCGGGAUCAGUUGGCAAAUAUGCAACCUGCCAUCAUUCCGCCGAAGAGAUUACCGAAGUUCCUGAACGAUGUUUUUGGAAAAGUAGAUGCGGUCAAGAAGGUAAACGAGGAGUACCUCCUCGCGCAGCUCAAGUACCGGCAGAAGGAACAAGGCCCCUUCAUUGUGGGCUUCAGUGACAUUUUCCGAGAGUGGAUUCGAAAGGCUAAGAUGGUGUACAUUGACUACGCGGCAACUUUUCCGUACGCCAACUACCUUGUCCGUAAGGAGAUGGAGAGAAAUGCCCACUUUCGACAGUUCUUGAACCAAGCUCGUGAGCACAAAAUGUCGAAUCGUCUCAGUUGGGAUACCUAUCUCAAAGCUCCGAUCACUCGGAUUCAGAGAUACACCCUACUGUUGUCGACUGUCCACAAGAACAUGGUCAAGGACUGCGAGGAAAAAACGAACCUGGCACAAGCUAUUGAUGAGAUCAAGGUCGUGGCUCUGGAUUGUGACAACAAAGUCGGCGAAACAAGCAAAAAGGUCGAUCUGAUGGAAUUGUCUGCCAAACUGCAACUUAGACCGGAGAUGAAGAAGGAAGUAGAGCUGAAUCUGCAGCAUCUUGGUCGCGAGAUCAUCUACCGAGGAGACUUGCAGCGCCCUGGUACACGCACUCGAUUCCUCGUGGACACACAUGCCAUUCUUUUCGACCAUUACCUCGUCCUUGCCAAACUGUCCACCACCCGUGAUCCGACGAGGGGCAUCAAAUAUGAAAGCUAUGAUGUGUCCAAGCUGCCCAUUCCAAUGGAUCUUUUGGUACUCGAGAGCACGAAUGAUGAUCCCGUCGUCAAGUCUUCCGUUCGAGGAGUUUCGACGGUCACUCCACCGCAAGCCACCACGCGUGGUGCAGGUGCUGCACCCCUCAUACAUUCCAAUAGCGGCAAUUCGGGUAACUCUACUUCUUCUUCCGGCAAGACAUUGGUAGCAGCCACGGUACUUGAGAGUUCCAAAGAUGACAAGAUCCUAUAUCCGUUCAAGGUCAAACACCUUGGGAAGAACGGGACCUUUACGCUAUACGCAUUUUCCGCGCAGAACCGGCAGGAGUGGUGCGAGAAGAUUAUGGAAGCUAAGACGAGACAUGCUGCUGCUCUCUUCGCGCAGAACGCCGAGCCCUUCCGACUUCGUGUGCUGGCUGACACGGCCUUUGCCUCUUCCGAUCAUUCAGGUAUCUCCAAGAGGACAGUUACCAUCAAAGGCACCCCUCUGGACCGAGCUAUUCGGGAAGUCGAGGAGCGGUAUGGGGGUUCAAAGUCUCGGCCUGUGCCGGUUUGCAGAACCAGCGUGCAUUGCGCGACUGUAUUCCAGCAGCCUCCAGGCCGGAUGAUGUGUGCGGUCGGUACUGAUUACGGCGUGUACAUUUCCGAGUACAAUGACCCUCGCGGUUGGGUUCGAGCGAUCCCGAUCAUACGAGUGUCGCAGAUUGCGGUCUUUGAAGAGUUCAAUCUCUUCCUGCUGAUUGCCGACAAGUCCCUAAUCGCGUAUCACUUGGACGUCGUAUGUCCUGCAAGUGGGGUUUCCUCGCAAACAACAAAGGACUCUGCUCGCCGGGCGCCGCAGAAGCUGUCUGGAAACCGGGAAGUUGGGUUCUUUGCAGCAGGUCAUAUGAAAGACCGUACUCUGGUGAUGUACAAGAAGCGUGAUGGACUGUCGUCCACCUUCAAGGUGCUGGAACCCGUGCUACAGAAGUCCACCACCAGCAAGAGUCGACUGUUCCAUAGCCGUCGUUCCCAGACCGAGUUCUUCCGUGAAUACGACGAGUUCUACAUCCCUGCCGAGAGCUACGGGAUCAACAUGUUCCACUCAUCCCUGGCGAUCUCAACCCAGCGGGGCAUCGAGAUCCUCACCCUCGACAAGAAGCAAACCUGGUCCGUCCCCGAUUUCCGGUCGGAAGCCCCAGAGGCACAAGCCCAGCUGAGCAGCAUCGCCCACCGCAUCAGUAACCUGCGUCCCCUGGGCAUGUUCCGCCUAAGCGACAGCGAAUUCCUCGUCGCCUACACCGACUGCGCCGUGUAUGUUAACAAACACGGCGACGUCUCCCGCAGCGUCAUCAUGGAGUUCGUCGGCCGCGCCCAUUCAGCCUGUUUGUACGGCAAGUUCCUGAUCCUCUUCAACGAGGACUUCGUCGAGGUCCGCAACGCCAUGAACGGCCGCCUAAGGCAGGUCAUCCCGGGCCACAAUGUUGUCUGCCUCGACGACGGGAGCACUCUGCCCGGGUCUGGCGCGAACACCGUCCCGACUAACUCAGGGACCUCCAUCAACCUAGCCAGCGGGCUCUCGAACGGCGUCGCGAUGGCCAGUAAUGGCCGCACCGUCAAGAUCUGCAUGCAGCAUCCGGAAUACGAGCGGAGUCAGCUCGUGCUCGAGCUCAUCGAGAACGAGGGACAGAAGGAGUAA